GGGACUGGUGAGUAGUUGGCGAUUUAAAAACCCGCAAGUGUAGUUGUGACCUUCGCGGUAGGUGCCGGUUGGGGUCGGCUGUGAUUGUUAUGUUGGUGCUGCAGAGCAGGGCAGAAGAGGUUGGGUCAGAAAACUGCCCUGCCGCACGAGAGCACAGCGCACUAGUGGGUCAGGUGUCCUGACUCAGACUUACUGGCUGUGUCUCGUGGUUUUUCACUGUCCUGGAAAAGGCCUGAAGUGGCACUGAAAUGAGGCAUAGAUGAGAAACUUGAACUUUACCUGAUUUCUGUAUGUUGUCAUCUUGUGUACGCCCGGUCCCCACAAUAGUCCGGUUUGUGGAUUCCCUGAUCUGCAGUUCUUCCCGUUCCUUCAUGGAUUUGAAGGCUCUCCUUUCUUCCUUGAAUGACUUUGCAUCCCUCUCCUUUGCUGAGAGUUGGGACAAUGUUGGAUUACUGGUGGAACCAAGCCCACCACAUACUGUAAAUACACUCUUCCUGACCAAUGAUCUGACUGAGGAAGUGAUGGAGGAGGUGCUGCAAAAGAAGGCAGACCUCAUUCUCUCCUACCAUCCGCCUAUCUUCCGACCCAUGAAGCGCAUAACCUGGAACACCUGGAAGGAGCGCCUGGUGAUCCAGGCUCUGGAGAACAGAGUCGGUAUCUACUCUCCUCACACAGCCUAUGAUGCCGCACCCCAGGGCGUCAACAACUGGUUGGCUAAAGGGCUUGGAGCUUGUACCUCCAGGCCCAUACAUCCUUCCAAAGCUCCCAACUACCCUACAGAGGGAAACCACCGAGUAGAAUUCAACGUUAACCACACCCAAGCCCUGGACAAAGUCAUGUCUGCAGUGAAAGGAAUUGACGAUGUUUCUGUCACUUCUUUUUCUGCUAGGAUUGAUAAUGAGGAACAAACACGGAUUAGUCUGAAUUGUACUCAGAAGGCUUUGAUGCAGGUGGUAGAUUUUCUUUCUCAGAACAAACAACUUUAUCAGAAGACAGAAAUUCUGUCGCUGGAGAAGCCUUUGCUUCUACAUACUGGAAUGGGACGGUUAUGCACACUGGAUGAAUCUGUCUCCUUGGCAACCAUGAUUGAUCGAAUCAAAAGACACCUAAAACUGUCUCAUAUUCGCUUAGCCCUUGGGGUGGGGAGAACCUUAGAGUCUCAAGUCAAAGUUGUGGCCCUGUGUGCUGGUUCUGGGAGCAGCGUUCUGCAGGGUGUCAAGGCGGACCUUUACCUCACAGGUGAGAUGUCCCAUCAUGAUAUUUUGGAUGCUGCUUCCCAAGGAAUAAAUGUCAUCCUCUGUGAACAUAGCAACACUGAACGAGGCUUUCUUUCUGACCUUCGAGAUAUGCUGGGUUCUCACUUGGAGAAUAAGAUAAAUAUUAUCCUAUCAGAGACUGACAGGGACCCUCUUCAGGUGGUAUAAUUGCAGAAACAUCAGGAUAACAUUCUACAAAUCAGUUGGAUGCCAACUUGAAUUUGUAACAUGAGUCAGUGGGACUAGUGUGCUUCUAGAAGAGUGUCUUAGAGGGUAUGAUCAUUUCCAGUUUGUUAAUCUGAUUCACCAAAUGUUCUUUUUUUUUCUUUUUUUUUUUUUUUUGAGAUGGAGUCUCACUCUGUCACCAGGCUGGAGUGCAGUGGCACGAUCUUGGUUCAUUGCAACCUCUGCCU